AUGUAUACAAAAGGACGAGAGGCUGUCAAAGAAGAAUAACCAAAGAACCAAACACCACCAAUAGGAGAAAAAAAAAUGGUACGGUCUGUGGAUUCACUGGUGGUUGGGAGAGUGAUCGGAGAUGUGUUGGACAUGUUUACUCCGGCAGCUGAUGUGUCGGUCAGUUAUGGGUCUAAACACGUAGCUAAUGGGGGCGAAAUCAAGCCGUUUGUCGCUGCUGAUCGGCCCACUGUUCUUAUUCAAGCCCCCGUCUCUAACCAACUUUAUACUCUGGUUAUGGUGGAUCCUGAUGCUCCUAGUCCAAGUGAGCCAACCUUCAGAGAGUGGCUUCACUGGAUUGUUGUUGACAUUCCAGAAGGGGCUGAUGCUAAUAAAGGGAAAGAGGUGGUGCAUUACAUGGGUCCGCAGCCUCCAACAGGAAUUCACCGAUAUGUAUUUGCCGUUUUCAAACAAAACACCCCUCUCGGCGGAAGGCUCCGACCACCCACCACCCGGAGCAAUUUCAAAACUCGACAAUUCGCCUCACAGAAUGGCCUCGGACUUCCUGUUGCCGCCGUCUACUUCAAUUCCCAGAAGCAACCUGCAUCCAAGAAACGCUGAUACAUAUAUAACGUAUCCAUAUUCCGUACCACACUUUGUAUGUCGAUACCAUACCCUCAACUUUUUUUCUACUUAGCAAAUUUAGGCCUUCCCCUGCUGUUUCCCCCAUAAACACACCUGCAAUAAAUAAAUCGUUAGUUUCUCCCAUGUUUCUGUUCUGUUUAAACAGACUAAUUGAGUAAUAUCUCAAACUUCCCUUAGAGUAAGAAAAGAAAAAAUUAUAAUGGAAAACACAUGAAACAUGAAAUGGGAAUUGAAAAGGCCGAGCCAGAAUGAA